UGCACUUUCUGUCAGUCCAGGGCUCCGAGAGGAGAGCAACAGCCCAGAGAGAGCACGAGUGUGAACCCGGGGGGGGUUGCCAGUUUUUGAUCCAAAUCCCACUCUUCAAGAAAGUGCCUCUCCGUUUCAGUGAAGAUGGAGAACGCACACAUCAAAGAGUCGCCCGAUGUUCUGGCCUACUUUGGGGUCACUGAAGACACCGGCCUGUCACCUGAACAGGUGAAGAAGAACCUGGACAAGUAUGGCUUCAAUGAGCUGCCAGCAGAAGAAGGAAAGAGUAUCUGGGAGUUGGUGGUGGAGCAGUUUGAGGACCUGUUGGUCAGAAUCCUGCUGCUGGCUGCCUGCAUCUCCUUUGUGCUGGCUUGGUUUGAGGAAGGUGAAGAAACAGUCACUGCCUUUGUUGAGCCCUUCGUCAUCCUCCUCAUCCUCAUCGCAAACGCCAUCGUUGGGGUGUGGCAGGAGCGCAAUGCCGAAAGUGCCAUUGAGGCCCUGAAGGAGUAUGAGCCUGAGAUGGGGAAAGUUUACCGGGCGGACAGAAAGAGUGUGCAGAGAAUCAAGGCCAGGGAGAUUGUUCCUGGUGAUGUGGUGGAGGUUUCUGUUGGUGACAAAGUGCCAGCUGACAUUAGGAUCAUCUCCAUCAAGUCUACCACUCUGCGUGUGGACCAGUCUAUUCUUACUGGCGAGUCUGUCAGUGUGAUCAAGCACACUGAUGCUGUCCCAGACCCCCGAGCUGUCAACCAGGACAAGAAGAACAUGCUGUUCUCUGGCACAAACAUUGCCGCUGGUAAAGCCACCGGCAUCGCUGUUGCAACUGGUGUCUCCACUGAGAUUGGAAAGAUCCGUGACCAGAUGGCAGCCACCGAACAGGAGAAGACCCCUCUGCAGCAGAAACUGGAUGAGUUUGGAGAGCAGCUGUCUAAGGUCAUUUCCCUGAUUUGUGUUGCUGUGUGGAUAAUCAACAUUGGCCAUUUCAAUGACCCCGUCCAUGGGGGAUCCUGGAUCCGCGGUGCCAUCUACUAUUUCAAGAUUGCUGUGGCUUUGGCUGUGGCUGCCAUCCCUGAAGGCCUACCCGCUGUCAUCACCACAUGCUUGGCACUGGGGACACGUCGUAUGGCCAAGAAGAACGCCAUUGUCAGAAGCCUGCCCUCUGUGGAGACCCUGGGCUGUACCUCUGUCAUCUGUUCUGACAAGACUGGUACCCUCACUACCAACCAGAUGUGUGUAACCAAGAUGUUCAUCGUUGAUAAAGUCGAUGGAGACAGCGUCACCCUUGGUCAGUUUGAUAUUUCAGGCUCAAAGUACACCCCUGAGGGAGAAGUAACAAGGAAUGGUGGGCUUGUGAAGUGCGGACAGUUUGAUGGAUUAGUUGAGCUAGCAACCAUCUGUGCUCUGUGCAACGACUCAUCUCUGGACUACAACGAGUCCAAGGGUAUUUAUGAAAAAGUGGGCGAAGCUACAGAGACAGCACUGUCCUGUUUGGUGGAGAAGAUGAACGUGUUCAACACGGAAGUGCGUGGCCUCUCCAAAGUGGAAAGGGCAAAUGCUUGCUGUUCUGUCAUCAAGCAGCUGAUGAAGAAGGAGUUUACCCUGGAGUUCUCCAGAGACAGAAAGUCCAUGUCAGUUUACUGCUCACCUGCAAAGACAGCCAAAGCUCCUGUGGGAAAUAAGAUGUUUGUCAAAGGUGCCCCAGAGGGUGUGAUUGAUCGCUGCACUUAUGUUCGUGUGGGCACCAACCGUGUACCACUGACUGGCCCAGUCAAAGAGCACAUCAUGUCAGUCAUCAAAGAAUGGGGCACUGGGCGUGACACCCUCCGCUGUCUGGCACUCGCCACCCGUGACACACCUCUGAGGAAGGAGGAGAUGAACCUGGAGGACUCUACUCAGUUUGCAGACUAUGAGACUGAUUUGACCUUUGUAGGCUGUGUUGGGAUGCUUGACCCUCCUCGCAAGGAGGUCAUGAGCUCCAUUGAGCUGUGCAAGGCUGCUGGCAUCCGUGUCAUCAUGAUCACAGGUGACAACAAGGGUACAGCUGUGGCCAUCUGCCGUCGCAUUGGUAUCUUCUCUGAAGAAGAGGACGUCACUGGCAAAGCCUUCACUGGACGAGAGUUUGAUGAUCUUUCUCCAUAUGAGCAGAAGAACGCCGUCCGAAAGGCUUGCUGCUUCGCCAGAGUGGAGCCAUCCCACAAGUCUAAGAUUGUUGAGUUCCUGCAGGGCUUUGAUGAGAUUACUGCCAUGACCGGUGACGGAGUGAACGAUGCCCCUGCCUUGAAGAAGGCGGAGAUCGGCAUCGCCAUGGGCUCUGGCACUGCCGUUGCCAAGUCUGCCUCUGAGAUGGUCCUGGCUGACGACAACUUCUCUUCUAUUGUGUCUGCUGUUGAGGAGGGCAGAGCCAUCUACAACAACAUGAAGCAGUUCAUCCGCUACCUCAUCUCCUCCAAUGUAGGCGAGGUCGUCUGCAUCUUCCUGACUGCUGCUCUGGGUCUGCCUGAAGCUCUGAUUCCCGUCCAGCUUCUCUGGGUCAACCUUGUCACUGACGGUCUGCCCGCCACCGCGCUGGGCUUCAACCCGCCUGACCUGGACAUCAUGGGCAAAGCCCCCCGUUCCCCCAAAGAGCCCCUCAUCUCUGGCUGGCUCUUUUUCAGAUAUCUGGCGAUUGGAGGUUAUGUUGGUGCUGCAACAGUCGCAGCAGCUGCCUGGUGGUUCUUGUACUGUGAUGAAGGCCCCAUGGUCACAUUCUACCAGCUGUCGCACUUCAUGCAGUGCAGCGAGGAUAACGAAGACUUUGCUGGCAUCCGCUGUGAGGUGUUUGAGUCUGCGCCACCAAUGACCAUGGCUCUGUCUGUGCUGGUCACCAUCGAGAUGUGCAACGCUCUCAACAGCUUGUCUGAGAACCAGUCCUUGGUGCGUAUGCCCCCCUGGAGCAAUUGUUGGCUGAUGGGCGCCAUGAGCCUCUCCAUGUCUCUUCAUUUUAUGAUCAUCUACGUCGACCCCCUGCCCAUGAUUUUCAAGCUUACUCAUUUGAAUGUGGAGCAGUGGAUGAUGGUGCUAAAACUUUCCUUCCCAGUCAUCCUUAUUGAUGAGCUUCUUAAGUUUGUCGCUCGCACAUACCUGGAGGUCUAAACCUGUUUCACCUCCUCCAUACCCCUGUAACAAGGUAAAGUCUAACGGCCAGCUCUGUCGAUGAGAGUCAGAAGCAAAGAGAGCACUAAGACAGAGGACAAAGAGAGGCGGCAGAGCGCUCCGACUGAAUGAGAGCGCACAAAAAUCACUUAAUCAAAAUGCCAAAUGGCAAGUAAAUAAAAAAAGACCCAUAAGCCAUCUGAAAAUACACCAAAAAAAAGCUGAAAAAUAUUUUUUCUGUGUAUGUACUGAAAAUAAUAUAUAGUUACGGGAUAUUAAAGCUUUUCUGUUUAUUCUGUUCUUGAAGAAUAAAGUUAUGUAUUAAA